AACUCACGUCGCGCUCAGUGCGCGUGUCGGACACAUUUCAGCGCUGCGCUGCUGCCGCGAGUCAUUCUGGGAAGUGUAAUGAAUGAGAAAGUGCUGUCCACUGUGCUGAUAAUGUGCUGAGUUCGGGGUUAAAUAAAUAUAUUUAUGAGACCCACUAGUCAAAGGGCUCAUUUGGAAAACAGCACAAUAAUUCGCUGGUGCUGAGGAGAGCUGCUCUUCCUCAUCCUCAUCCUCAUCUUCAUCAUGUACGCGGUGUACCGUCAGGCUCAUCCGCCCACUGCUGUGGAGUUCGCAGUGUACUGCAACUUUAUCUCCAGCCAAGAGAAGAACCUGGUGGUGGCAGGAACAUCUCAGCUGUAUGUGUACAGGAUCAUUUAUGAUGUGGAGAGCACUUCCAAAUCAGAAAAGUCGUCAGAGGGCAAGAGCCGAAAAGAGAAGCUGGAGCAGGUGGCGUCUUUCUCUCUCUUUGGAAAUGUGAUGUCCAUGGCCAGCGUUCAGCUCGUGGCCACCAACAGAGACGCCUUGCUUCUCAGCUUCAAAGAUGCCAAGCUCUCAGUUGUGGAGUAUGAUCCAGGCACGCAUGAUCUCAAGACUCUGUCGCUGCACUUUUUCGAGGAGCCGGAGUUGAGAGAAGGGUUUGUUCAGAAUUUGCACAUCCCCAUGGUGCGGGUGGACCCAGAGAACCGCUGCGCUGUCAUGCUGGUGUACGGCACGUGCCUGGUGGUUCUGCCCUUCAGGAAGGACACGCUGACCGAUGAACAAGAAGGCAUUGUGGGAGAGGGGCAGAAAUCAAGUUUCCUUCCCAGUUACAUCAUUGAUGUUCGUGAACUGGAUGAGAAACUCCUAAACAUCAUCGAUAUGAAGUUUCUCCACGGUUACUACGAGCCCACACUGCUUAUUCUGUUUGAGCCCAAUCAGACGUGGCCGGGGCGUGUGGCAGUGCGUCAGGACACGUGCAGUAUCGUGGCGAUCUCUCUAAACAUCAUGCAGAAGGUUCAUCCAGUCAUCUGGUCUCUCAGUAACCUGCCCUUCGACUGCACUCAGGUCAUGGCUGUGCCCAAACCCAUCGGUGGAGUUGUGGUGUUCGCUGUGAAUUCAUUGCUGUAUCUGAACCAGAGCGUUCCUCCGUUUGGAGUGUCACUCAAUAGUCAGACCAACGGCACCACAGCUUUCCCCUUGAGGUCACAGGAGGAAGUGAAGAUCACGCUGGAUUGUUCUCAAUCAUCCUUCAUCACCUCUGAUAAGAUGGUCAUCUCACUAAAAGAAGGAGAAAUUUACGUGUUGACGCUCAUCACAGAUGGCAUGAGGAGCGUGCGGGCGUUUCACUUCGAUAAGGCUGCCGCCAGCGUCCUGACCACUUGUAUGACGACCAUGGAGGCCGGUUAUCUGUUCUUGGGCUCUCGUUUGGGCAACUCACUGCUGCUCAGGUACACUGAGAAACUCCAGGAAACGCCAAUGGAAGAGGGCAAAGAGAACGAGGAGAAGGAGAAACAGGAAGAGCCUCCUAAUAAGAAGAAGCGUGUGGAUUCCUUGGCUAACUGGGCAGGUAAGGCCAAUCUGCCUGACGAGCUCGAUGAAAUCGAGGUGUACGGGAGUGAGGCUCAGUCAGGCACUCAGCUGGCUACAUACUCGUUUGAGGUUUGUGACAGCAUACUGAACAUAGGACCCUGUGUCAGCGCCUCCAUGGGAGAACCAGCCUUCCUUUCUGAAGAGUUUCAAACUAACCCAGAGCCGGAUCUGGAGGUGGUGGUGUGCUCGGGAUACGGCAAGAAUGGAGCUCUCUCUGUACUGCAGAAAAGUAUCAGACCGCAGGUGGUCACAACGUUUGAACUUCCUGGAUGCCAUGACAUGUGGACAGUCAUACACUGCGAGGAGAAACCUGAGAAGUCUCCACCGGAGGGCGAUGUCGAGGGUCCAGAGGAGGAGAAGCACGAGGCCACAGUCGAGGAUGACAAGAACAAACACGGCUUCCUCAUCCUCAGCAGAGAGGACUCCACCAUGAUCCUGCAGACGGGUCAGGAGAUUAUGGAGCUGGACACCAGUGGUUUCGCCACGCAGGGUCCCACUGUGUAUGCGGGCAACAUCGGAGACAAUAAAUACAUCAUCCAGGUGUCUCCUAUGGGCAUCAGACUGCUAGAGGGAGUGACACAGCUCCACUUUAUCCCUGUGGACUUGGGCUCUCCCAUAGUGCACUGCUCUGUGGCCGAUCCAUACAUGAUCAUCAUGACAGCUGAGGGAGUGGUCACCAUGUUUGUGCUGAAGAGCGACUCGUACAUGGGGAAGAGCCACCGCCUGGCGCUGCAGAAACCACAAAUCCACACGCAAUCCCGUAUUAUUACGUUAUGUGCUUAUCGUGAUGUCAGUGGCAUGUUCACAACUGAGAACAAGGUCAGCUUCCUGGCCAAAGAGGAAACUGCCAUCAGAGCCCAAUCAGAUACAGAGACCAUCAUCCAGGACAUCAGUAAUGUGAUGGAUGAUGAGGAAGAGAUGCUAUAUGGGGAGUCGAACCCUCUGUCCAGCCCCAGUAAAGAGGAGCCCAGCCGCAGCUCUGCAGCACUGAACUACACUCAGACAGGACGAGAGGGUGGCCAGGGCAGACUGGAGCCGUCGCACUGGUGCCUUCUGGUCCGAGAGAAUGGAGUCAUGGAGAUAUACCAACUUCCUGAUUGGCGCCUGGUUUUCCUGGUGAAAAAUUUCCCUGUUGGUCAGCGUGUUUUGGUCGACAGCUCCGCUAGCCAAUCGGCUACUCAAGGGGAGCUCAAGAAGGAGGAAGUGAUGAGGCAGGGAGAAAUCCCAUUGGUCAAAGAAGUUUCUCUCGUGUCUUUAGGCUACAACCACAGCCGUCCUUACCUGCUGGCACAUGUUGAUCAAGAGCUUCUCAUCUAUGAGGCCUUUCCCUACGACCAGCAGCAAGCUCAGAGCAACCUGAAAGUGCGCUUCAAGAAGAUGCCUCAUAACAUUAACUUCAGAGAGAAGAAGUCCAAAAUGAGGAAGGACAAGAAGCCUGAUGGUCAGGGAGAGGAGACUCUGGGGGUCAAAGGUCGAGUGGCCAGAUUCAGAUACUUCCAGGACAUCUCGGGAUACUCUGGGGUGUUUAUCUGCGGGCCGUCUCCUCACUGGAUGCUGGUGACCUCUCGUGGUGCGAUGCGGCUCCACCCCAUGACAAUAGACGGCGCCAUCGAGUCCUUCUCUCCCUUUCACAAUAUCAACUGUCCCAAAGGAUUCCUCUACUUCAACAAACAGGGCGAGCUGAGGAUCAGUGUGUUACCCACAUAUCUCUCAUAUGACGCUCCCUGGCCUGUCCGCAAGAUCCCACUCAGGUGUACUGUCCACUAUGUGUCGUACCACAUGGAAUCAAAGGUGUAUGCGGUGUGCAGCAGUGUUAAAGAGCAGUGCACACGCAUCCCCAGAAUGACCGGAGAGGAGAAGGAGUAUGAGACCAUCGAAAGAGAUGAGCGGUACAUACACCCUCAGCAGGAGAAGUUCUCCAUUCAGCUCAUCUCUCCGGUCAGCUGGGAGGCCAUCCCAAACACACGCGUUGAUCUGGAGGAGUGGGAGCAUGUGACGUGUAUGAAGACGGUGGCUCUGAAGAGUCAGGAGACUGUGUCAGGCCUGAAGGGAUACGUGGCCUUGGGCACAUGCCUCAUGCAGGGAGAGGAGGUCACCUGUAGAGGAAGAAUCCUGAUUCUGGACGUGAUUGAGGUGGUGCCAGAGCCCGGUCAGCCCCUCACCAAGAACAAGUUUAAAGUGCUGUAUGAGAAGGAGCAGAAGGGGCCCGUCACGGCUCUCUGUCACUGCAGUGGAUACCUGGUGUCUGCCAUCGGACAGAAGAUCUUCUUAUGGAGUCUGAAGGAUAAUGAUCUGACCGGCAUGGCCUUCAUCGACACGCAGCUCUACAUCCAUCAGAUGCACAGCAUCAAGAACUUCAUCCUCGCCGCUGAUGUGAUGAAGAGCAUCUCUCUGCUGCGCUACCAGGAGGAGAGCAAGACGCUCUCGCUCGUCAGCAGGGAUGCAAAACCCCUGGAGGUUUACAGCGUAGACUUCAUGGUGGACAACAACCAGCUGGGCUUCCUGGUUUCAGACAGAGACAAAAACCUGUUGGUCUACAUGUACCUGCCAGAAGCCAAAGAGAGUUUCGGAGGCAUGCGUUUGCUGCGGAGAGCCGAUUUUAACGUGAGCGCUCAUGUAAACGCCUUCUGGAGGAUGCCGUGCCGCGGCACUCUGGACACCGCCAGCAAGAAGGCACUCACUUGGGACAACAAGCACAUCACAUGGUUUGCUACGCUGGACGGUGGCGUCGGCCUGCUUCUGCCCAUGCAGGAGAAGACGUACCGCAGACUGCUGAUGCUGCAGAACGCCCUCACCACCAUGCUGCCACAUCACGCGGGGCUCAACCCAAAGGCCUUCAGGAUGCUGCACUGUGAUCGGCGGACGCUGCAGAACGCGGUGAAGAACAUCCUGGAUGGAGAGCUGCUGAAUAAGUACCUGUACCUCAGCACCAUGGAGCGAAGCGAACUGGCCAAGAAGAUCGGCACAACCUCAGAUAUUAUCCUGGAUGAUCUUCUGGAGAUCGACAGAGUAACCGCUCACUUCUGAAGAGCUGCUGCUCUCACGCUCAGUGUAUUUCGUCACCUGAUGAUCCUCAGCUCACUGUUUUAUAUUUCAAUGUUUUGAUAGAAAAUGAAGAAACUAAAAUUUGUCAUACAGUUGGUUUUUUUUGUUGACAGAAAGAAGGAAAUGCAGUAAAGGGUAUUGCAUUUCUUUAGAAUAUUUUGUAAAAAAACAAAAAGAACAUGUAUUGCGUGUUGACAUCCAGAACAAACAUGCUGAUACUCCAG